AUGAACACAGCCCCUCUUCUUGAAGAACCUGACUUGGUCAAGUAUUCCGAGUACGAUCUUCCACUGUACUUCAACGAGAAAACAGACUAUCGUGGCCCACCAACCCCAGAGAGGGAGAUAUUGUGGGAGAAACUUUGGCACCAGGGUGCAUUUGAGGUUCCUGAGGACAAGUUGGGUAUCAUGAACAAAUCACAUUCCGGCAGAACAUACAAACAUGUUCCACCAGAGGUUGGAACCGGCUAUGCGGCUCAGCUGGAAGUCCUCCAUCAGUUGCAUUGUGUACACAUGCUUCGACAAUGGUCCUACAAAGAGCACUGGCUUGACCAAGGACUUGACUUACCUGGAAGUCUCUAUGGAGACCCAAAGCUCACAAGGAUGCAUCUAGAUCAUUGCAUCGAGGUUCUACGAGCAAACAUUAUGUGUACGUCUGAUGUGACGCCGAUCCUUAUAGAAUUAGAUCCAAAAGCGCCGUUUGGAGAGCGUGCGGAUUUCCGGUCAAACCAUAAAUGCCGCAAUUUCUGGGAUAUCCGUCAAUGGGUUAUUGACCAUACUGCUAUUCCUUGA